UUUUUAGCUAUCAAAAAAGUCAGCGCCAUUAUUACUAUUAAUUUUUUCUCCUCUAUUUUUUUUUUGUAUGAUGAUAAUGGAUUGGGGUCUUCAAGCUGUUGUUAUUGGAUCAUCAAGUACUUCAUGUAGUGAUAUUCAUGGAUCAAAUUAUGUUGAUUUUUCACCUAAUUUGGAUUUUCAAGAAAGUGAAUAUUUAUCUUUUUCUCAUCAUCAUCAUCAACAUCAUGAGAUGAAAAAAGAGGUUUAUAGUGAUGAAUUAGAACAACUUUACAAGCCAUUUUAUCAUGUUGGUGGACAAAAUAUGUUGAUGGGAUCUUCAAUUUCAUUAGUUCCCAAAGAAGUUAUUAAAGAAGAGAAAAGAGAAGAAGAGCAACAACAAGUGGUGGCUGCUAGCAAUACAUAUGUACCCAAGUACAAAAAAAGGAAAAAUGAACAAAAGAGAGUGGUGCUUCAGUUGAAAGCAGAUGAUCUUUCUUCUGAUAAGUGGGCAUGGAGAAAAUAUGGUCAAAAACCUAUUAAAGGCUCCCCUUAUCCAAGGAGUUAUUAUAGGUGCAGUAGCUCAAAGGGGUGUUUAGCAAGAAAACAAGUAGAACAAAGUUGUACUGAACAUGGAAUUUUUAUUGUGACAUACACAGCUGAACACAACCAUAGUCAACCAACACGUAGAAAUUCACUAGCUGGUACUACCAAAAGCAAAUUUCCAAAUUCAAAAAACUCCAUUAAUAGUCCCAAGAAGAUUGUGAAAGAAGAAAAAAUUACAAGUCCACAUUGUUCAACAUCGAAUUUAGGGUUAUCUCCAGAAGCAGCACGUAUGAUCGACGAAUUUCCAGAAAUAAAUCAAGAGAAUAAUAUUAUUAUAGGUGGUGACAAUAAUUAUUAUGAUGAAGAUGGGAUGAGAAAUAUUUUUGAAGGAAGUGAUGAAAAUGAAUGUGUUUCAAUUGAAGAAAUGUUUGAUGGAGAUUUCUUUGCUGGUCUUGAAGAUAUUCAUGAUGGAUUUAAUUCAUCUUUUGGAUGUAAUAAUUCAGCAUUUCCCUUUUCUAGUACUUGAUCAUGUAAUAUAUGUAUUGGAAUCUUUUUUUGUUUUUGGGUAGAGAAUCCAUUAGGAAAAAAAACAAGAUGGACUAUAUAUUAAUUAGCAAUAUAUAUGGACUUUUUCUUUUCUUUAUUG